AUGUGGCGAGGCUUUAGAGUGUACAGUGGGAUCUGCCCGGACCCUGAGUGUCGCACAAAACUUUAUUUUCCAUCUUAUGCUUCUUCGAGUGUAGAGUGUACGGGAUGCGGGCAACACCACGCGAAAGACAGCCUAUUCAACUUAGAAGAUAUCCAAGACCCAGAGAUUGCUCUUCGCAGUCUUCUGCGUUCAGUGUUACUUGGUCAUACUUCCUCUAAGACAACACCAGAUCUGGUGAAGGUUAAGGGAUAUUCAAACUAUCACUGUAAACUCUUGUCACCGCUGUUGACGACUUAUGGUAUGGAUAAACGAACCGGUGAAGGAAAACUGUUGAGGGAAAUGGGACAAGGAGACAUCUUCGAUUGCGCUCUGCUUGGAGAUCGCGCAUUUCAAAUUGAAUUAGAACACGUGGACACAGCUGGCUAUGGACGGGAUAGUACAGGAUCACAGUCAUAUCUCGAGCAAACAUUACAGGCCAUUAAAGUUGUCAAUGAUAACGAAGAACGACUUGUCCCAGUUCAUGUUGAUGGGGACGGCCAUUGUUUGGUUCAUGCCAUCUCUCGCGCCCUUGUUGGAAGAGAAAUCUUCUGGCACGCACUCAGAGCAAACCUAAAGAGGCAUUUGCAAACGGAAUUGCACAAAUACAAAGGGUUGUUUAGAGACUUCAUCCAUGAUGAUGAAUGGAAGGAUAUUAUUGCUGAAGCUGACCCUUAUUUUGAACCCCCUCCAACCUCUGCCGAAGGGCUGGGGUUAAGAAAUAUCCAUCUCUUUGGCCUUGCGAAUGUGCUGCACAGGCCUAUCAUUCUCCUUGACAGUGUCACAGGAAUGCAAUCUAGUGGUGAUUACACUGGAAUAUUUCUUCCUGCUUUGAUCCCAGAAGACUUGUGCAGAAGCAAAGACAACUUGCUCAACAAACCACUGGCAGUUGCUUGGAGUAGCCCAGGACGUAAUCAUUUCAUUCCUCUUGUUGGAAUAAAAGGAAGACCUUUGCCCAGGCUUCCACAUUGGUUGAUUCCUAAGGCCUGGGGUAUACCCAAUGAGGUGGUCAAGACGUAUGUUGAAUUUGACAAAGAUGGUCACUGUCUCAUUGGUGGAGACCGCUGCCUUCAAGAAAAAUAUAUACAAAGACUUGUUAAAGCAAUGGAUGAACUUUUUGUGAAAAAAAACAAUAUUAGUGCACAGCUGGUCACUGAAGUGCACCAAUUUGUUUACAAACCAUCUGGAAUGGUGGGUGUUAAACCAGAAAAUGUUACUGUGGCAGCCAAAUCAGCUAUUGCUGAUGGUCGUCUCCACCGAUGUCUGUCUUGCAAUGCAUUGUGUGAAGUACAUUUUGAUGUUUCCUCUGAUGAUCUUAAACCAGGAGGAGAACUCUAUGAAAUAGCUGUAAAAACUCAUGGACCCCUAGAGGAAGGCCUUAGCUAUUCUUUUCCUGCUUAUGAACUGGUUUGUGUUUUUGAUGCAGAACGGAACUCAUUGGUGGCAGUUAAAUACAAGGUAGAUGUGCGUUACCUUCUUGAUAUAAAGCUUUUUGUCUGUUCUUUCUUUGUGAAUGUAUUAUGACAUCUUGGCUCUUGGCUUUCUGUGAAUGUGUAACAAACGAUUUGUGUAGAGUAAGGAACAAAGUUUGCCAUGGCAUGAUACAGCCAUUACUUCCUUGUUUUGUGUUGUGGAACACUCACUUGUUCUGAUGUUGUAUUGCAUGAUGUUAGAAAAUUAGAGUAUGUCUUUGCAACAGGGAUAGAUAUGUUGAAACCCUAAAGAAAAAGAGUGAGAGGUAUUCAGGGAGGGAUGAGUGUGACCUUGCUAAAAUGAUAGUCUCAUGAGAAAUAAACAGUGUGAAAUAAAAAUACAAUUAUUGUGAUAAAAUAGUGAAGCCAUUGUGUGACAAUGAUGAUGCACUAUGAUGUUACAAUAACUAGCUUAUUGUUCAAGGACAUCUAUUUAUUUUGCUUGAUAAUUGAACAUCAAAGAUCAGCUACAAAGUUUAUGGUAAGAAAGACAACUGCAAAGAUGUAGGUCAACAGAAUUUAUUAACUGAUAUAAGUCACUGUCUACAGAAUGCAACUUUGCUUGAGUGCCAUCUCUGCCAUGGCCCCUUGCGCCGAGUCAAGUCAGAUGGAACUGCAGUCUACAUUAAUGGUGAUCGCACAACAACACCGGUAGAAGGUAACAGUCGCUGUGGAUGUGGAUUCAAGCAUUUCUGGAAUGGAAGGGAAUAUGAUAACAACCCUGAGAGGUGCAGCAAGUCCCAGUGUGCUAUAAAGAUGUAGAAUUUGUGCACAAAUCAUGUAUAGGUCAUUUGUAUCAUAAAAUGAAAUAAGUAUGAAAUGGAUGUUAAUUGAAUAUGGCAUAUUUUGUUUGGACUAUAUUUUGAUUAGCAAUUGAUAUAAUUAUAAUAUAUUUUUUUUUUCCUUAAAUUUUUAUUUGAAUAUACACAUUAUUACUUAUAAUACUUACAUGAUGUUGUUGUAAUGUGCCAUGGCUGGAUUUAACCAUGAAUACUUUUUAUUUGAAAUUGUCAAUGGUGAUCUUUCAUUUGGAGCAUGAUGUCACCUUUUUUCUGUCAUUAUACUUGAAUUUUCCUGUGAAAGAAAGUGCUUUUAUACUUUUUAAUCUCUUUACUUUCAUGAGUUACGGAGACAGAAUUUCUCCAUACAAUAACAAUACAAAAUCAAACAGGCAAGAGAUGAGAUUAAAAUCCAAGUGAAUUAAGACAUUAUUACCAAUACCAAUUUUUCCACACUGACAUCACGACAGUUGUAUGGUAGACAGCAAGGAGAUUUAUUGAUGAGAUCUGUGAGUUAAUGGGUUACAAGGAAGUGUUUUUGUGAAAGGGAAGAUGUCAUUAUGUAAAUCUAUAUUCCAUUACUAAAAAUGCAGUGUUUUAGCUUUUAACAAAACUGUGGUGUCGUAGUAGCAGGCAAGUGGCAUGUACAUGUAAUCAUGGCAGCCAAAGCAAAUUUUUGAUUAACUGAUCUUUCUACUGUUAGCCCUUUUUCAGAAUGAAGGUCUAAUGAUUGAAAUCUUUAAAUGCAGCAGCCUUUUCAAAAUGUCAAAUCUCUCACCUUCUAACUGAUAUACAUCAAACCAUUACUAAAGAGAUAUAUUUUAUUGUUUCUUUCUCUGCUAUUAGUUUCCCAAUAAGCUUGGAGUGGAAUGGGACAACUGUGAAAGACACUGUGUUUUGGUUCCAAUAUGAACUGGACCCAUCUCUCAAUUCCAAUGUGUAUGAUGUUGCAUCAAAGCUGGUGCAGAAACAUUUUCCUGGUGAAUUUGGCAGUGAGAGACUUGUACAGAAAGUGGUAGACAUAAUUUUGCGUCAAACGGCAAGAAAGGAAGGAGAAAACAAAGGUUUGCUGUGCUGAUUUGAAUAUAGAUUCACAUUAUUAAGGGUUGAAAUCCACUUGUAGUAAACUGAGAACAUCAAUCUAUUCAGCUUUAACCCUUUAACUCCCAGACGUGAUCAACAUGAAACUUCUCCCUAUAAUAUCCUUACAUUAUCCAGCAAAUAAGUAAUAAGAAUAUUCAAACUUAUCAGCUAGUUGUUAUCUUGAUCUAACACCAAAUUCUCAUGACUACUGUAAAAGGAAAUGUUUAGCAGCUUGAGGGGAGAAUUAAUAAUUUGAUCUUGGGAGUUAAAGGAUUAAAAGGCUAAAAUCUGUAUUGCCAUUACAUGGUUUACAAAUAUGAUUUGUUUGUCGUGAUGUUUUUUGAUGUACAAUUUUACAACUUUUGUUUUUAUUAACACCUAAAGGAGCACGGCCUUCCAUUACUUCACAAAAUGCCUCUGGCGCAAACAGUGAUCAAGAUGUCAGCAGUGUUAGCUCCUACUCACCAAGUAAGAUUAUUCUGACUGGAGAAAAGAAGAAGACUUUUCAUAAAGAAGAACUAACCAUGAGCGACACAGAGAGAGUGUUAAAGACACGUACAGAACACCAUGCUUCUGUUAUGCAGAAGAGAAGAAGUGGAGAAGGCACAAAGAAAACGGCAAACAAAGAAGCUAAAGUGCAAAAACAGCAGGUAAACAGUGCUACUCUUACCUCUCUGAUUAUGGAAAAUACUUGUUUUAACCCUUUAUGCCUAAAUAUCAGUAUACAUAUUCUCUAUACUGGUGUCCAUACAUUUCCUCAGGUUUUGACAAGGAGAAUUGUUUUAACAAUCAAGAGCAUCUUUAGUUGAUGAUCAUUUCCUUUAUUCUCAUGACCUUUAUAUGUGAUUCAGGGCUGAUACUGUAAGGAGAAAUUAGAUGCUAGGCUAACCCUUAUCUUUUUACCAAAAGGCACUAUAAAAAAUGUUGUAUACCUAUUAAUAGUAACAUGACUGAUGAAUAGCUCACUCGUGCAUGUAUACAGACAAGUGUCAAACCUCAACAAUCUGCCCAGCAAACAAGCCCUGCUAAAGGGAAUGAGACCCAACCAGUUGUGAAACGAACAGAAAAGAAAGUGCGACUGUCCACAUCAGAUGGAAAACAGAGCAUGUUGACACUUGCCAUGGACACGACUUUCCAACAGCUUCUACUUUUGAUUGAAAAAGAACUUGGUAUUCCUCACACAGAGCUGCGAAUUAGGUAAAAAAUGUUUUUUGUUUGGGGUUCUAGGUAUUACUUGUAAAGCUAUGUGUACAGAUCCCUGGCUGACUUUUUCUCAAAGCUGCCAAUCACAAAAUGGUGGCUUAAAAUAAGUGGGUCUGAAUUUGGAAAAAGGUUAAUUUUUUAUUUUGGUUGUGAAAGAAAAGUGUUUUCAUUUUGCCAUAAGCAUAAGACAGAGAAAAGAUUUUGACUCCUCCCGAAGGAAUUGUACUCUAUAGCUGUUCUGCCCCAAUGCUUCACCAUUGAGCUUCAAUGAAUUUGCAUGGUGAGCUUCAUGGAGCCAUUACUUCAUGAAGGUUUGUACAUGACAAGUGUUUCUGAUCUGUAGUCUCACGGAUUCCUCAUAACAUUUUUAUAUCCAGGUAUGGAUUUCUAUCAUAUGAACUCCACUGUCCUAACAUAUGCAUGUGCAGUAGACAUGUAACCAUUCCUGCUCUUUUUAGGCUGUUCUCUCAAAUGUCUCCGUUUUAUAAUUUUUCUCAGGUAUGGAUUUCCACCCCGUGAACUGCACCCUCCUGAUGAAGGUCAUGUGGAUGACCCUGUUCCCUUGCAGCAUGGUGACCGUGUGAUGGUAGAACACUUAAAGCCUGUUGUCCCUGAUGAGCACCCUCCUGAUGUUGUUAUGUCAGAAGUAAAAAACCAGGGGGGUGAGGGAGUUACACCUACAACAAGAGAGAUUGGGGAAGAAGGACAGGCACAAGGUACAUGUAUAACACUAUCUGACCCAAGAUCUGAUUGUUAACUCUCUCCUCCAGCUGCUACACAUUUCCUUGCAAAUAAGUAUAGGUAAUGACAUGAUUUUGCAUGCAAUGAUGAUGACCAUGAGUAAAUUUUUCAAAGACAUUAAAAUUGCAUGAGCCUGUAGGGCAAUUUGCAGUCUUUGAAAAUUUUUACAAGUUCUUGUUUAUAGGAAGGUGCAUGAGAAAUCAUUUUGUUAAUAAUUUUCAUGAGAAAAGCCUUACAGAUUAAGUCAAGACAGAUGUAACUUUGGCUUGCGCUAUUUGUAGUUUGCACUCAUGUUACAAUUUUGCACUUGUGCACACUAUAUGCUCAUAAUUUUUACAUGUAUAUUCAUAUUUUGUGUAUAUCAUAUUGAUACUUGAAUGUACUAGUAUAUUCACUUGCAAUGCAAAUGUAUGCACUGUAACUGUUAAACAAUAGAUUGUCAAACAGAUGGAAAUAAAUAUUAAAUUUGGUCUUGUUGUAACACUAAAUUUUAGGAGUGAUAAUUCAAUAAAGUAAUUGUGAUUCAUUUUUUUGUUGUUGUUUUACUACUUUCAGCUGAAAACACAGCUGCCAUGGCAUCAGCCCUUGUGGCUACACUCGCUGGUGGUGAUGUGUGGGAAGCAGUACAGAACUGUUAUGAAAUGUUUGACAAAGGAGGGUAUUUUUAUAACAAGGUCAUGAAUGAUCUGGGUCAGCUUAAGCCAAAUCAACAUUGUACUUUAUCCUUCUUUCCAAACAAGGUCAGUGAUUUUAAACUUUAGCUCCCAAGAUCUGAUUGUUAAUUCUCCCUUAAAACUACUACACAUUUCCUUGUAAAUUGGUUAUGAGAAUUUGGUACUCAAUCAAGACAAUAAGUUGUACCUGAUGAGUUUGAGUAGGUAUUCUCACUACCUGUUUGCUAAACAAUGUAUGGGUACCACAGGGAGAAGUUACAUGUUCAUCAAUUCUGGGAGUUGGAGGGUUAAGUCAAAUCUAUAGUAAAAAAUUUAAGAUCAAUGUUAGUAUCUGAGCAACUGCAUCCCUACCCCUCCCCUCCCCUAACCCAACAUUGACCCUUACUUGUUAUCUGUUGGCUGUUAUUGGGUUGGGGGGAGGGGUGUGUAGGUGCACAGUUGCUGGGACACUAACAUUGACCCAAAUUUUCUUCUCAAGUCCAAACCAAUGCUGAUAUCAGUUUUGAUGAAUCAGUAAAGUUUCAGAACAAUGUUAUGUGUUUAAGAGAAUGAGAGGAAGAUGAAUUCAUGGAAAAAGUUGAAACAUUCCACUCUAAAUAUCCUGAAAGAAAAUUUCUGGGUCUUCUAAAUGGGAGUUUAACUCAUGAUUUUUGAAAUCUUGGUUGGAUGAUGUCUAACUAGUGUCCUCAAGGGGACACACAUCUUAUUAAGACUUGUUCAUGUUUUGACAAUAGCCAUGCAAUUUGUAGUAUCUAGGAAUCACCAAAGUAUAUAUCAUGCAUUUUGCUUCCUAUUCACCAAAUACAUGUACUUUUAUCUUAUUAAAAACCAAGACAAAACAAAGCAAAGUAAUCACUAGUAGUGAGCAAGUUAUUCUUAAUUGUUUUUGGCUCUUAUUUUGUGCAUUUAAUGGGGUGCUGUUGCUACCUUUGUUACGGGGUUCCUUUACUUGCAGCUCAGUAGGUUACUACUGUUAUGGGGAAGGUCUUUAGAGCAGUGCAAGGGAAAGUUUCCUUUUGAUAACAUAUACAUGCAUGUCUGCGUCGCUGAUUGAAAAGCAUUAUGUUUCACAGUUAUUGUCUAUUUUUUCUCAUUACAAAUGAAGGUGUUUGCUUACAAUGCUGAAAAAGAUCGAUUGGACCUGUGUCUUGGUAAACGGCACAUCCAAGUGCAACCACUGGACGACGAAACAUUAUUGCAGGCUCACUCUCGUUCAAGUCAAGCACCUGUAGAGGAAAGGAGCAGCAGCAGUGGUACGGGUGGAAAGGGUCUGUUUAGCGAGGCAAGCUUCAGUGGCGCCAUUGCACCAAGAGAUACAUCCCAUGCUCGGAUGGCAUUUUCAGGCCAGGGACGGACUCUUGCUGGUGCGCAAUCAGCUCAGAAACAAACUGCUGAGGUAAUAUCUUCUGUUGAGAUUAAUGAAAGGGCCCCCUUCCAUCCUUGAUACAUCGGCCAUCUUUCUCCUAGUAUAUCAUGCAUUGUGUCCCUAUCUCUUAGAUUGUUAUAUUCGCAGAUUUAAUUACAUGGUAGUUAAGAUGCAUUUUAUAUUAAGGAUUUUAUACUGGCUAGAACUUUAAUCAGUGAAUGCCCUGCCCGAAAACAUGUAGUUGGCUGUUUUUUUUUUUUUUUUUUUAGGGGGCGGGGUAAUAGAAGCGGGUGUCAACUGCGCGUCAAGGCAGCCAGCACUGAGAUCAACUUAGUGAAUCAUAGGAAUGUGGUUUUUUAAGUUUUGAUGUUUAUCAUCUUUUUCCAUAGACAUCUCCAUCAAGGAUCCUACUGACCGAUCCUCGAUCUUCUCAGACAAAUACCUCUAGCUCUACUGCUGUGUUGGAACAACAGCAACCGCGACCCGGGCAAGGGGAGAAUGUUAAAGAUGUGGAAGAAGAAACAAAUCUGCCUUCAGAGGCCAUGGACACCCAGGGAGAUGUGGAAAAGGAGGAAAAUAUGCAAGAAAUGCUUGUGGAGAGUCCUGCUGCAGCGCAGGAUGCUAUUGAUGUGGAUCAGCCACAAGUAGAACAAGAAAGCACUACACAGCUUAGGAGUGAUGGAAGGGUCGAAACAGUAGAGGUGAGCAUGGCUUUACGGAAAACAGAUGAAGUGAGCGGAACGGUAGAGGAAGCGGAAAUGACGCGCGUGACAGCUGAUGAAACAGAGGUGGUGCGCGUUACAGACCAGGAAAACGAAAAUAUGGAAACAAAUCAAGAUGUAAGUCACAUUGAAAGCAACCAAAGUAAGAUUAAGAGUAAUGUUGAUGAUGUCAAUACUCUUACUAAUGACUUAGCAAACAUUUCGGGGCAAGGAGACGACUCUAAACGUACAGAACCUGUUUCUGAAUCGAUGGAAACUGAUCAGCUUAACCCAGAAAAAUAUUGCGUGACUAGCGAAGGCAUGACAGCUACGUCAGAUGAAGCGCAAGGCGAGGAGGAAAUCAGAGGUUCAGAGCAAGAUGACGUAACAGUUGAUCCCAUGAGUCCUGAGCCUAGUGACGUCACAAUGGUGCGUGCAUCUGUUGCCACAGAGAUCGAGGCACCAACAGAAAAUAGUGACACAAGGUUUGUAUCAACACAUGAUGUGACGGAAGGUGAUACACCUCCGGUUGCUCAGGAAUCGGAAGUUUCGCCGUUUAUUAUUGCGUCAAAUCAACAAGCAGAUGUUAUGCAAAGUGGAAAAUCAGUCGUAAUGAACAGUGAAACAGCUGCUGGAAAAGAUGGUGUUAAAGCUUCAAUACAAGAGGAAAAAUCUUCCAAUGAUCAAGGAGUGGCUGCUGAACUUGCAGCAGAUACUAAUGUAGAAAAGUAACUUAGAUUGUUGCUAUGAUAGUAAAAUAGUGCCGCAGGAGUUCCCUUGGAAAGGAUAAGCGUUCCGGCUUAGAAAUAAAAGCUCUUGGCUGAAGGAAUUAGAACUAGGUUUCUCAUAGAGUAGGCGUAUGAGGCAGUGUAGAAAUCCCGAAUAAUUCGGAUUCAGUAGUUUGAAUUUACCGUGGCUCUCCAUUUGUCUUUGCCACUUUGCAAGAGCUAUUUCCGCUUACGUGCUCUAGGAGUGUGAUUUUUUUUGGAAAGGUUUAUCUCUACAAUGCUUUGUGAUCCACUUAAAUGUAUGCCGAACACUACUGAAUCGUUACAUAAAUUUCGAUAGUAGGAGUUUUGUUGAGGUGGAGAUAUUAUCACCUAACAUAUAGAUGUAUCCAACAGGUCAUUCAAUGCCAGUUACAUUCCUCAGUAUUAACGAAGUAAAGAGGAAUUACAAGCACAAUUACAACACACAUAUACAGCCAUAGGUAGUAAUCUUUGUGAACAAGCUUUGUUAAGUAUUAGGGGCGCUUUCCAUCCAACAAAGAUCCUUUCCCUGAGCUGAGGGAGAUUUUGAUGGCCAAAGAGAGCAGGUCCAAGAACUUUUAAAUCAUUCGUUUCAAGACAGUAGCCGAAAAAACUAGCACCAAGAAAAAAUCCAAUGGAAAAUAUUUCCGAAAAUUUUUUAUUCCCGGAAACGAGCAAUGCGCCAUACGUUUUCCUGAAUUUUCAUAAAAUUAUGCCGAAAUCUUUCUUGUUCCCUUGAAUUUCGGGCCGGGCGCAUCAAAUUUUUGGCUGGAUGGAAAGCGAUCGAGCUCCUUAAACUUAGCCGCAGUGCUCCUUACAGGGGUGGUGAAGGUCCAUUGAGACCCACACUUCAUCCCCCCUCUCCACCCGCUUCUCAUUAUAUGGAACUUAAGUCAACGUCAAUUGUUUUGGAGACAAAAGCACUAUAUUUUUACAUCUUUUAAUCUUGAAUGAUGGGAAUAUCCAGUUGAUACCAGUGGAUUCACGUGAUUAUGUAGGUUUUUUCAGAAGAUAGACCUGUCGUAAGUUAUUGCUCUGAAAAAUCUGUGGACUUAAACUGCAAGCUUAGUAACUUCCAGUCUCCUACUUUCGGUUACCAACUUACGACGUAGCUGGAUAGAACUUUGAAUUUACGAUCAUUUCAACGAGCAAAUAUAUGGAAAUAAGAAGUGGCUCGAUGAUAAAAACGAUCAACUCUUUAAACAAGUAAAGGUUACCUUAAGAGAAAUUUUAUAAGGGUCAUUAAAAAAACAGCUUUAAGUUGUGAUUGAGAAAG